AUGAAACAUUUAAGGCUAAUUAAGCAGGUAUAAAACUACAGAAGCAUUGCAUAAGCAAGCACCAGAAACUUUUCGCAGCUCAAUGAUAGUGCCGAGAAUUUCAGACUAUCAGAACUUUUUGUGAAGUAAUAUGAUCCUAAGGUGACAGGCAAAGGUCCAGUGCAGUUUGGAUUUAAUGGAGUAGGAGAAUUAGCUUAUAGAAGAAGUUAUUCAAGAGUAAGAGAAGUGGAUGGGCAGUAGGAGGAUUGGCAUCAAACAGUGGAGAGAGUAGUCAAUGGGGUGUUUACUGUGAUGGUUAGACACAGCAAUGAAAAUAACAUAAAAGUAGAUAGCCAUGAAUAGUAAAAAUUAGCUAGGAAAAUGUAUGAAAAGAUAUACAAUUUCAAGUUCUUGCCUCCAGGCAGAGGACUCUGGGCUAUGGGCACAAAUAUAACUGAGAAAAAAGGCCUGUACGCUGCUCUUAACAAUUGUGCUUUUGUUUCAACUAAGUCUGAUGACGUUGAUGGGUUUAUUAAAAGCUUUACAUUCUUAAUGGACUCGUCUAUGAUGGGAGUGGGAGUUGGAUUUGAUACCAAGGGAGCUCUUCUUCAUAAGCAUAGAUUUUACUUGCCAAAGGAUGAAACAAUCAGAAUCGUUAUUGACGAUACAAGAGAAGGCUGGGUCAGAUCAUUAGAACAGCAACUGAACUCUUAUCUAAGACCAGGCCAAAAGAAAGUAGUCUUUGAUUACUCUUAAAUAAGGCCGCCUGGUAUCCCACUAAAGACUUUUGGAGGAACUUCAUCAGGACCAGAGCCAUUGGUAUAGAUGCACAAGUACAUAGAUGAAUUAGCAGCUAGAUUCUAAAACCAAGUCAUCUCAACUAGGCAAAUUGUUGAUAUCAUGAACAUAAUUGGCAAAUGUGUAGUAGCUGGAAAUAUUAGGAGAGUAGCAGAGAUAGCACUUGGAGAAGCAGAAGACUCAGAGUUUAUAAAUCUAAAGAACUACAAACUGAACCCAGAUAGGAUGGAGUAUGGAUGGGUCAGCAAUAAUUCUAUAUAUGCAAAACUAGGAAUGAAUUAUAAGGAGGUAGCAGAAUCAAUCUAUAAAAAUGGAGAGCCAGGUUUAUGCUGGUUGGAAAAUAUGUAAUAAUAUAGCAGAAUGGGUGAUCCCAAAGAUAAUAGAGAUCACUUAGCUGCAGGAGGUAACCCUUGUCUUGAACAGACAUUAGAAUCUUAUGAAAUGUGCUGCUUAGUUGAAACCUUCCCUCAUAAUCACAAUUCCUACGAAGAAUUCGAAGAAACUCUCAAGCUGGCCUUUAUGUAUGCCAAAGCAGUCACUCUCGGCCUACCCCACUGGGAUGAAACUGCUAAAGUGAUGGCUAGAAAUAGGAGAAUUGGAUGCUCAAUGAGUGGAAUUGCACAGUUCAUUGGAACAAGAGGAGUUCAUGAACUGGUUAAUUGGUGUGAUCAAGGCUACAGCUACUUAAAGAAAUACGAUUCAUAUCUUUCAAAAGAACUCUUCAAGAUCCCUGAAUCCAUUAAAAUAACAUCAAUUAAGCCGAGUGGAACUGUAAGUUUAUUAGCAGGAGCAACCCCUGGGGUUCAUUUCCCUCUAAGUGCUAACUAUAUCAGAAGGGUAAGACUGGGAAAGAGCUCUCAUCUGAUUCAACCGCUUCUUUAAGCUGGCUAUCACAUCGAGGAUGAUUAAAUGGACAAAUAACACACCUCAGUGGUUGAAAUCCCAGUAAGUCUUGGGGAUAAUAUUAGAACUCUAAAAGAAGCAACAAUGUGGGAGUAGCUAUAAGUUGCCUCUCUGUUAUAAAAGCAUUGGGCUGACAAUCAAGUUAGCUGCACAGUAACUUUUGAUCCAGAAAAAGGGGAAGAUGCCUCUUAAAUUGAAAAGGCUUUGGACUAUUUCUAGUAUCAACUCAAAGGCAUUAGUUUCUUGCCUAAAACUAAAGACGUAUAUCCAUAAAUGCCCUAUGAAGAAAUAACCAAGGAGGAGUAUCAUAGUAAGAUGCAAAAUAUUCAUCAACUCAGGCUUGAUAGAUCGAAAGAUGAGAAUUUUCUCAAAUUCAUAUAGACUGAAUAGGUCAUCUCAGACCCUCAACCAGAGAACUAUUGUGAUGCUGAUAAAUGCAAAAUCUGA